UGACAGGGUUCGCCAUGGCACGAGAGAGCACCCUGUCACUGCCCACCCUGAAGCUGCUGUUGGUCGGAGACAGUGCGGUGGGGAAAUCCAGCCUCUUGCUGCGAUUCACAGAAGACCAGUUUGAACCCUGCCUCGACCCAACCAUUGGUGUUGAUUUUAAAGUGAAGAAGAUGGUCGUUGGGGACCUUCCUCUGCAGUUGGCAAUAUGGGACACAGCAGGGCAAGAGCGGUUUCGAACGUUGACUCCCAGUUAUUACCGCGGUGCUCAAGGUGUAAUUUUAGUUUACGACGUUACCAGAAGGGAGACUUUUGUGGGGUUGGAGAGCUGGCUACGGGAGCUGGAGAUGUAUACCACAAAGCAGAACGUUGUGAAGAUGCUGGUGGGCAACAAAAUUGACAAGCCUGACCGUGAGGUAGACCGAAAGGAAGGCUUGCAGUUUGCUCGAACUCACUCCAUGCUUUUCAUAGAAGCCAGCGCUAAAAUGAAGGAGGGCGUGCAGGGUGCCUUCGAGGAGGCUGUUGUGAGGAUCCUGCAGACUCCAGAACUUUGGGAUGUAAGAAGAGAAGGAGUCGAAAUGGCAGAGGACAGAAUGCUUCAAGAAAUACAUGGCUGUGGUUCAUAUUGUCCUCUGGCUUAAUUUACACCAUCUUCAAGCCAGGAGACAAAUGCUGGUGAAAUCCAACCUGAUCCCCUCAUGGUGUUUUCUAAUAUGCCAUCUGUUAUUCUGUAACUUGUUGAUUAAGGUUUCUCUUAUAUACUA